AUGAAGAGGUUAUUUUAUCUCCUCUCAGAACUGUGUGGGAGGGGUGGGGAGGAGGAGGGGAGAGGAGGGGAGAUCUGCAGGUGCCCGGAGAAGUGAACUGAAACUGAGGUUGCAGCUGACCAGAGCCCAAAUGGCUCUUUAUUCCCUUUAUAGUGCACUACUUUUAACAAGGGCACUUGAAAGGACAAAUGGGCUCUGGUCAAAAGGAGUACACUAUAAAGGCUUCCACAGGCACUUAAUAGACCUGCACUGAGGGGGGACUGAGUAACUCAUUCUUCUAGACCGGCUCUGAGGGGGGGGGGGGGGGGGGGGGGGACUGUGUAACUCAUCGUUCUAGACCUGCUCUGAGGGGGGGACUGAGUAACUCAUCGUUCUAGACCUGAUCUGAGGGGGGGGGGGGGGGGGGGGGGGGGGGGGGGGGGGGGGGGGGGGGGGGGGGGGGGGGACUGAGUAACUCAUCGUUCUAGACCUGAUCUGAGGUGGGGGGCUGGGGGAAAAACUCAUUCUGAUUGGCUGGGGCUGGGUCACCAGUGGGUGGGCCUGGCAGUCAAGUGGAUGGGCCUAUGCCCUCCAACGCCCACCCAAGGCUGCACCUUUGCCCAGUCAUGUGGAAUUCGUAGAUUAGGGCCUAAUUUAUUUCAAUUGACUGAUUUCUUUAUAUGAACUGUAACUCAGUAAAAUCUUUUAAAUUGUUGCAUGUUGUAUUUGUAUUUUUGUUCAUUAUAAUAAUAAUAUUAUUAUUAUAACUGUGGAAGUCUGUGAACCCCCAGAUAUGUAAAUCAACAAUAAAAGUAGCUGGUGAUUGGUUACCUGCAGAGGCCCCUCCAUCUGGUCCUCCCUGGAUUGGUGGUAGGUUAACUGUAGAGGCCCCUCCCUCUGGUCCUCUCUGUAUGUCUCCUUAUAGGUGAGUCCUGCAGCCUCUCCUCUCCUCACACUCCAACCCUGCUCAUCUCUCAGCUGGACAGUAAGGGCCGUUCACACCACUCACUGACAACAUGUUGGGGACACUCUGCACUCUCAUCACUGCUCUAACAUGUAAGGAAUUUAAUGCAUGUUCAAUCUGAAUCUAAAGAAUUCAAUAGAAGUUGUACAUUCAUGUAUGAUAAAAUGACUUAAAUUGUGUGUUUAAUUCCCACAGAUGUCAUUUGCCAGAAAGCGGUGAUACAGACACCUUCAGUACUGACUGUCAGUACAAAGGGGACUGCCACUUUUCACUGUGACAUUACCAAAGGGGAAGGAAAUUAUGUAAUCUGGUAUAAACAGGUUCCAGGAGGAGCUCCUCAGUAUGUGUUAAGGUUUUACCAUACUCAUGCCUCUCCUGAUCAAUAUGGAUCUGGUUUCUCCUCUGAUCGUUUCACAUCUAAAGCCACAUCUGAUAAGGAUUAUCAGUUUAUAAUCAAUAAUGUGGAGGAGGAGGACUCAGCAGUGUAUUACUGUAACACAUGGGACAGCUCUGUUAAAGCUCUGUCCUCUGUAGCUCAGCUGGUAGAGCACGGCGCUUGUAACGCCAAGGUAGUGGGUUCGAUCCCCGGGACCACCCAUACACAAAAAUGUAUGCACGCAUGACUGUAAGUCGCUUUGGAUAAAAGCGUCUGCUAAAUGGCAUAUUAUUAUUAUUAUUAAAGAGCACGUAUCACAGUGAUAUACACCAUGACAAAAACCUCCUCACCAAAUACACUCACUUCUGCUUUAUGCGUGGCAGAGGGGUGAACUCUAAGAAACAGCAGUUGAAGUUGAUCAGGGAUCAUUAUAACAAUAAAUAUAUGACACAAUGGGAGAUCUGGAAAUGGAAGAACCUUCCAUCUCUACAUGUCAAAAAGAGCAUAAGAAGACUGUCUGAAAGGAAACUGAUGUUGGCUCUCGUGGUGUGAUCAUCACCAUUAUGUCAUCAUCAUCAUCACCAUCAUCAUCACUAUCAUCAUCAUCAUUAUAUCACCAUCAUCAUCAUCAUUAUAUCACCAUCAUCAUCACCACCACCACCACAACCAUCAUCAUCAUCAUUAUAUCACCAUCAUGAUCAUCACCACCAUCAUAAUCAUCAUUAUAUCACCAUCAUCAUCAUCAUCAUCAUCAUCACUAUCAUCAUCAUCAUUAUAUCACCAUCAUCAUCAUCAUUAUAUCACCAUCAUCAUCAUCAUCACCACCAUCAUAAUCAUCAUUAUAUCAACAUCAUCAUCAUCACCACCAUCAUCACCACCACCACCAUCAUCAUCAUCAUCAUCAUCAUCAUCACCACCACCAUCAUCAUCAUUAUAUCAUCAUCAACAACAACAACAACAACAUCAUCAUCAUCAUCAUACUCAUCAUCCAUCAUCACCAUCAUCAUCAUCAUCAUCAAGUCAAUACAAUAUCAUAUAGAUAGUCCUUUAACUCAUGGAUUCAAAAGGACCAGACACCAACAGCAGAAUAUGAUGCUAUACUAUAUACUGUUACUUCAUAAAGAGAAACUCUAGAAAAGCCUGAGAUGUUUGAAGAGAGAGUGAAGAUGUAUCUGAAUGGGAUGUUUCAGUUCCAGUCCUCUCAGUAGGGAGAGUGAAGCUCUGUCUAAAUGGGAUGUUUCAGUUCCUGUCCUCUCAGUAGGGAGAGUGAAGCUGUAUCUGAAUGGGAUGUUUCAGUUCCUGUCCUCUCAGUAGGGAGAGUGAAGCUCUGUCUAAAUGGGAUGUUUCAGUUCCUGUCCUCUCAGUAGGGAGAGUGAAGCUGUAUCUGAAUGGGAUGUUUCAGUUCCUGUCCUCUCAGUAGUGAGAGUGAAGCUCUGUCUAAAUGGGAUGUUUCAGUUCCUGUCCACUCAGUAGGGAGAGUGUGGAGGUUUUUGUACGGCCGUGUACACAAACUGAAUCACUGUGCUAUUCGGACCAGGAACCAAGCUCAUUAUCAGUGGUGAGUACCCUUUAUUUUAACCUUAUAUUUUUGUUUUCAAGGUUUUUUUGUAAUACAUCAUAGUUUAUAGAGAUAAAGUAUGUAACAUGAUAUUCUUACUUCAUCAUUAUUUAAUGUAAAUAACCUACUUUGUGUACUGAUUAUCAAGGGUCAUGGACACAAUGUGACAACUUCAUAACUACAGUAUAUCUGUAUUUGUUGAUUUCUCAUUUAAACUUAAAAAAUGUAUUGCACUAUUUGACCAUGUAGGCUACUCCUGUCACUUGACAACUCUACUCAUUUAUAAUGUCUCAUACAAUAAUAAUUUAUUUAGUCAGAGGUAGAAUUGAAUGUGAAGGAUACAUAAAGUUGUAUCAUCAACCUUUAAAAUGUUGGUCCCACGUUAUAUUAAAUAAUGAUAAAACCAUGUAUAUGUUAGUUACAGACAAUGUUGCUACAUGAUUAAUUACAUUGUAGGCUACUAUAUUACAGUUGGUAAUUCUGUUUGCUGGUUGAAUAAGUAGGAGGAUAUACAUUUGAUUUUAAGCACAUCUGACUACUUGAUUAUGUUUUAAAGUUAGAGAUCUAAACUCAUUAUUCACUUGCACAGAAAUCUGCUUUACCUCCGCAAAGUCACACAUUGGGAGUUCCUUAGAAAGUUUCAAAAUAAGGCAAGCUACAAACAGACAUAAUGUGCAACAUGUAACAAUAGAAUUACAUGGUUUUAGUGCCUUUUAAUUUAUGAGGCCAAAAUAUAAUUGAUUGUAGUCUUUGAGAAAAUGUUGAAUUUUUUAUUCUACAGUAUGAUGCACACAACCCUGUUUCAUUCUACUAACAUAUUUAAUGAUUUUGUGUAAUGUUUCUUCUGCUCAUUCCAUUGGUCCAGGCUCUACCCUCCCUCCUCCAGUCUUGACCAUCCUCCCUCCGUCCAGUGGUGAGUUGAAGUCCAGCAAAGUCACCCUGGUCGGUCUGGCCAGUCAGAUGGCCAUGGGCUACGCUGAUGUGAGCUGGACAGCGGGAGGGAAUCCGGUCACCAGCGGCAUCGCUACGAGUGGCCCCGUGCCGCAAGCCGACAAGACGUUCCGACUCAGCAGCUGUCUGACCGUUGACACGUCAGAAUGGAACCAGGACAAAGUGUUUCUCAUGUAA